AUGUUAUCUGGGGAUAUUGAGGUGAACCCAGGACCAGCUAAAUCCAAGUCUAAAAAAUCUGAAAGGAAAAUAACUGAUGUAAUAUCGACACCUGGAUCCAGCGAGGAUGAAGGUAAGUCCAGUCUUACGCUUGCCGAUAUAAUGAUGGAAUUGCGUGGGUUUAAAAAGGAACUGAAAGUACAAAUUUCAGCACUAGAUGAUGUGGUUCGUAAGCUUGCUGAUGAAAUGAGAGCCUUGAAAUCUGGCGUUGAUGACAACCGACAGAAAAUAAAUGAACUGAUUGAGCAAAAUAAACAAUUGAGUGAUAAAAUUGACACAAUGGAAAAUGCAGGUGAUAAAAUGAAGGCGCACAUGUUACGGAACAAUUUAAUUUUCCACGGCAUUCCACAGAGUGGUUUGGAAACAUGGGAACAGAUGGAAGAGUUACUAUGUGGAUUUAUUACUGAUAAACUGGAUAUUGACGGUUCACAGAUAGAAUUUCAGAUUGUUCACCGUUUAACUUAUGCCCGUAGCCGACCACAACCAAUAAUAGGCAAGUUUCUUAGGUAUAAACAGAGGGAUGAAGUUCUACGUGCUGCUGUGAAAUAA